CACGAAAACCCGAAACGCUUAUGCGUAUUUCAAGAAGCGACAUUGGUCUUCGCCAGAUGCCAGCAUUUAUAACACUAUGUGUUAAUAUAUAUAUAUAUAUAUAUAAUAAAAUUUCCAAACGGGAUUAAUACAAAUUGUAAAUGAUUUGUAAUUUUAAAAAAAGUUUAAAAACAUAAUUAUUAUAUUGGUUUUGUUCAUAAUAUAUCUAACUGAGGUUCAAGUGUAAUGUUCUGGACACACAGUUGAAACUAGGCCUACAGGAGUUGUCAUACAAGAAAAGAAGAAAAAAAAAGAAAAGAAAGGAAAAUAGUUUAAUCCGCCGCAGCCAUAAUAUGAGCUAUCGCCUAGUGAAAUGACCAAAUGUCUGUUUCUUCUGUAAAAGUUCGAGGACAUGGAAUCGGCUCCGUUAUAAAGAAGAUAAUGAAGGAAGAGAUUGAUGAUCUGAGAAGUGCCAACUUCUGGCGAGCCGUUUUCGCGGAAUUUCUCGGCUGCUUUUUGUUGGUUCUCACCGGAAUUGGCGCCGGUCUGCACGAGGAGGGGACGCCCCACCCAGGCAGCGUGCACGUCAUUCUGCAAGCCGGGUUCUACAUCGCCGUCGUCAUCUCCAUUCUGGGUCAUGUUAGUGGUGCGCACGUAAAUCCGGCACUCAGCAUAGGUUUCGCCGUCACGCGAAAAAUAAGUGUGGCGCGAUUCCUCUUCUACGUCAUCGGACAAUGUUCGGGCGCCAUUAGCGGCGCCGCGCUUCUUAAAGCGCUGAUUCCGGAAUCGAUGAACGGAAAUUUCGGACUGCUGUCGCCGGCGAAAAAUGUGUCGCCCGAACAAGCGCUUUUUGUUGAGAUGAUUGUAACUUUCGUGUUGGUCUUCACGGUGUUCGCGAUGAUAGACGAACAACGGACGGACAUAGCCGGGUCGAAGCCUUUGAUCAUCGGCUUGGUCGUCUGUACCAACAUAUUCUUUUCCGGGCAUAUUUCCGGCGGGUGCAUGAAUCCAAUACGUAACUUGGGUCCAGCGGUGAUUGUCGGAAGGAUGGAACUGCAAUGGAUCUACUGGGUUGGACCAAUGGUAGGCGGUGCCUGUGGGGCUCUUGUUUACAACUGUGUAUUUUCCAUUUCUGCCGGAAACCGUGGUCUUUCCGGCUGCAUUUCCUCCCGGAAGUACGACGCCGUCAACACUGACGACACAAAGAAGGAGAUCGAAGAUAUCACCGGAAGUAUAGAAUUCGCCGAGGAUCUUCCAGGAAAAUUGCCCAUACCAUCGUCUUCUGUUGAGAAAUUAGAACAAGCGUGAACAUAAAGAACCUCAAGUUUACGCUUUUAAACAACCAGUUUAAUAAUGUAAUUGAUAUCUAACGGACACGAGUGUAGUAAUCCUGUUUUAUAUAUCCGGGAAAAUAAAAUCAACAAACGACAAAACAGGUGAAAGAGAAAGUUAAACGCCUUUUCAAAACAAAAUGUGUUUGCGGCAUUUUGUACAUGCACAUUUAACUUACAGGCGGCAGUCAGUAUCGGUGGACGAUUUGGUUCUGUCGUCUAGGUCACAACUCUAGCAAUUAAGAAAAUGAUCAUGGCAUAAAAAUAGGUCCUGGACAAAAUAUUCACCACGGCAUUUCUCUCGGCAGUUUUGCGGUUAACGUAUAGGAGAGAAAUUUAAUAAAAGAAGUAAUUAAGUAAGAAAAUUGACAUAGAAAAUUAAAAUUUUCACUGCAAAAUAAAAUCCACGAAAAAAUGUAAACACUGCAGCAAUCUCCACGGCACUGCCGAUUGCCGUGGUUAAUUGGCAAGAUUAAGGUCAUUAUCAUGGUGCAGCCAAUUCGAUGUCUUUAAAAAGAAAUCUCCAAUAUGUGAGAUAUAUAAAAUAACUUGUGUAAGAAAAUCCCAAAACUUUCAUUAGCUAAAGUCUAUAUGCAGUAAAUAUAUUCUCAUAAAAAUGUGUACAUAGUCAUGGGUCGAAAUAUGGCCAUCCCGACCGUUUUGUUCCGUUUAUCAUCACCACGGGCUGUGAAAUAUGUUUUACUUUGUGUCCCGUCUGACGUACAGUUAGUUUAUGAUCAAGUUUGGACCGGCUUGUCUUUGUUCCAUCCCAUAGAAUUUGUAGCUUACGGGCACGAAUGUCCGACAGGAAUUCAACCAAUUUCGACCCAUGAUAGUACAGUGCAUAUGGGGGUUUACAGGGCCGUAGCUAGGAUUUUUUGUUUUGGGGGUGGGGGGUGGGGGGCAACUGAGUAGUUAAUAGUGUAAAACUCCUUUUCUUUAAGUUUCUAUAAUGCUUUCCGAAUUUUUUCGGGGGGGGGGGGGGGGGGGCGCAAUUGCGAAGAAAAGUAUUAAGCAUAAUUUGUCAAGGGAAACAACCGCGAAGAGAAUAUCACGGAACUUCCAUCCAAAGUUAGUUCCCUUCCACGUAUUGUUGGUAUAAGCAUCAAAGUUGUUUCCCUUUAAUAAUGUGUUCAUGUAACACCAAUUAUAUACAUAAUAUUCACGUGUGCUAUCAAUGUUAGCUUGUGUCCCGGGUCAGAUUCCUAGCCAUGCCAGAGACCGGACCUGAGAUGGACAUGCCUGAAACCUUAGUGGUAUAGGGGCAUGCAUAAAUAGUUGAAGAGCAAGAUCAAUGUCAGCAUGCACUUUAUUUAAUCAGUGACUAUUAGUUGUCAAAGAUGGUGAUUACGAGAUAUGUAUAUAUAUAUAUAUAUAAGGGAGACCGAUAGAGAAGGAAGGAGGGAGGGAGAGAAAGAAAGAAAGAAGUAGCGAUAAUUAGAGAUAAGUGAUUUAUUUGCAUUUAGUUAUACAACUCAUCACCUUAUUACUCAACAUAAUACAAUGUACAGAUACGUAUAUACAAUUAUAUACAUGUAAAUAUAUAGAUGUAUAAGACCGUGGUGAGUGUGGUUUAAUAGAUAUAAUCACGUGCAAGUAAGACUAAUGAACAUAAAUGAUAUUUCAUUGAUUGACAUACCUUGGUUCAUUGAAGAAAAUACAAAGCUUUAAAUUUGUUUUGUUUAACGACAUCAUUAGAGCACUUUUUGUCUGCGAAGAUUUAUUUAUUAAAAUAUUCCUUCCAUUAUAUACGCGCACACAUAUAUAGACAUUAAGAUGAAAGAGGUAUAUUUACAUAUCGAUGUACACCGACAUACACAUACGUGUUCAGACUCAUGCAUCCAUCCACACAUACAUACAUAGAUAUAUAAAACACAAAAAAACCCCAAAACAAAUCCAACAACAACAACCAACAAACAAAACAACAACCAUACACCAUUAUAGUUGGGUUGUAUAUCUAGCAUGUAUAUGACAAUCGAAAUACAAACACACACAAAAACAAAAUAUUACUAUAAAAUUCUGUCCAAUUAUUGCCUGGCUACAUAUUACAUACAUUAUGAAACAGCCCAUUUUGUUUGGAAUUUAUGGUGUAAACUUUUACUAUGAUGGAUGCUUGGUUCAAUUAUAUAUCUUGAUUUUAGAACAUAUUUGAAAUGUUCAAUAUUUGGUAAUGUAUCCGUUACUUUACAUUUGUAAAUAAAGAAUUUGAAAGUAAUAAAAAGAGAUAAAAAAUA